AUGGCGCUCGACAACUAUUAUCGCAACAAGAUUGAGAGCAUGAAGCUCGAAAUCAUUCAGGGUCAGGCUGUCUUACGGAGACUGGAAGCACAGCGCAAUGACUAUAAUUCGAGGGUGCGGUUACUUCGGGAAGAACUCGGCCUGCUUCAACAGCCUGGAUCCUAUGUCGGGGAGGUAGUCAAAGUGAUGAGCACCAAGAAAGUCCUCGUCAAAGUGCAUCCCGAGGGCAAAUAUGUGGUGGACAUCGCGGAUGGCGUUGAUAUCAGCAAGCUCACUGUAGGAAAGAGGGUCGCUUUACUCUCGGAUUCCUAUAAGUUGGAGAAGAUGCUACCCUCGUCGGUUGACCCGCUGGUGUCGCUAAUGAUGGUCGAGAAGGUGCCUGAUAGCACGUAUGACAUGAUUGGUGGACUCGACCAGCAGAUCAAGGAAAUCAAGGAAGUCAUCGAGCUUGGCUUAAAACAUCCGGAGUUGUUCGAGUCGCUUGGUAUUGCACAGCCAAAGGGAGUACUACUCUACGGACCUCCAGGAACCGGCAAAACCCUGCUUGCCCGAGCGGUAGCCCAUCACACCGAUUGUCGGUUUAUCAGAGUGAGCGGAUCGGAAUUGGUGCAAAAAUACAUCGGUGAAGGUAGCCGUAUGGUUCGCGAGCUAUUCGUAAUGGCUCGAGAGCAUGCUCCCAGUAUCAUAUUCAUGGAUGAGAUCGACAGCAUUGGAUCCAGCCGUAUAGACUCGGCGGGUUCGGGUGAUUCAGAGGUACAGCGGACGAUGCUUGAGCUUCUCAAUCAAUUGGACGGAUUUGAGCCUACCAAAAACAUCAAGAUCAUCAUGGCCACCAACCGGCUUGACAUCCUGGACCCGGCCUUGCUACGUCCUGGCCGGAUUGACCGGAAGAUUGAGUUCCCCCCGCCGUCGGUGGAAGCACGUGCCGAUAUUUUGCGAAUCCACUCGCGGUCGAUGAACUUGACGCGAGGCAUCAACCUAACGAAGAUUGCGGAGAAGAUGAACGGAUGUUCUGGAGCUGAACUGAAGGGUGUGUGUACGGAAGCAGGCAUGUACGCUCUGCGAGAGCGGCGAGUACAUGUUACUCAGGAGGAUUUCGACCUAGCCACCGCCAAGAUCCUCAACAAGCACGACGACAAAGAAGUCGCGGUCUCCAAGCUUUUCAAGUAA